AUGAGCGGACCAGGAGUCGAAGGAUUGGCCCUCGGCCUCAACAAGGGACAUGCUGCUACCAAGCUUCCAGUCAAGCAGCGUCAGAACAGACACAAGGGAGUCGCUUCCAAGAAGACCAAGGUAAAUAAUUCGCCUCGAUUUCCGUCCGACAAUUCCUUAUUCCUCUCGUUUUGCAGAUCGUCCGUGAGCUCGUUCGCGAGAUCACCGGAUUCGCUCCGUACGAGCGUCGCGUUCUGGAAAUGCUUCGUAUUUCCAAGGAUAAGCGUGCCCUGAAGUUCCUGAAGAGACGCAUCGGAACCCACCGUCGUGCUAAGGGAAAGAGAGAGGAGCUCCAGGGAGUCAUCAUCGCCCAGCGCAAAGCCCACAAAUAA